AUUAUUUCGCUUGAAGAAAGAAAAUGAAAAUAUGGAAAGUCCAAAUCAAGCAUGUCAGUUAUCCCAGGUAAGUGAUGAACCUACAGAAGGCAGAUUGGAUUUGCUUGGCUUCUUAUUACAUUUUGUAGCAAAUUCAGAAUCAUCAGAUGCAGCUCCCUGGCUAUCCACAGGCCACACCAAUGGCAACUAUUACUUCGCUCUCUCCUUUAAAACUGUCCUUAUAUAAACCAAAUCAAACAUCUGCAAAAUCCGACCUUUUUGCCAGAGAAACUACCAAAAUUUCGAGGCCCUUCAAUGACAACAUCACUCUGAGCAAGAAAUGCAUAGCCACUCUUGUGAGAAGUGCUGGAUUGGCCUUAAGUUUAACCACCCUUGUGGGAGUGGGAUCAUCCAUUGCAUUUGCAGCUGAGACACCAUCUUUAGUGGGCUCUUCUUUGCCGUUCGCUGAACCUUCAAAUGCUCUCUCCUUGCCUACCUGGGCUGUUCACGUCUCCAGCGUGGUUGAAUGGAUCACUGCUAUGGCUUUGGUUUGGCAAUAUGGGGAAAAAUCUGGGAAUGAAUCUUGGAAGGGGCUUUCUUGGGGCAUGGUGCCCUUACUAGGUGGAGCGUUUUGUGCAUGCACAUGGCACUUCUUUUAUAAUGCAGAAUCUUUAGAGGUAUUAGUGGCUCUACAAGCAGCAUUAACUGUGAUCGGUAAUGUGACAAUCUUCAUUGCUGCAUUCCGAAUAUUCAAGUCUUCAGAGGAAAGCUCAAAGAAUCUAUGAACUCUACAUAUGUGGCAAGCGAUAAGGAAUCUAAUUUCCCUUUCUUUGACCAGAGUCUGCUGUCGGGAUAUGAAUGGAAAGAGGAAAUUUUUUCCAAAAACGAAAUUGUGGAAGCUCAUCAAUUUUAUGAAUUACGUUAUCUCCUUGCCCUCGUGGAAGCAGUUCAUGGAAGUUUGCCUUCACUUGCUACCACUUGCCAGAUGGCUGGAAAGUAUUUGGCCAUCAUAUGGAUGAAGUUUGUCAAUCGAGUUAUUUGACUUGGGCUCUCUGCUCCAAUAUUGUACACUUUGAUCAACUCAGCCAAACAUCAUAUGGCAUAACAACGUUUAUUGACUUUGUAUCCAGUUCUUGUCACGCUUUAGCUUCUUUAUUGCUGAAAAGCCUUUUUAUUUGGUAUGA